CUGGAACACUGUGCAUCUCAUCCUGGAACAGUUAAGUGUCCUCGCAGAGAACAAUAGCUUGACUGUUUUCCUGACAAUAUGCAUGGCCACAACCUCCAGCUAAAAUUGCUUCUUUGUACAAUUCAAGCUGUAGCCUCUUUUAUCCAGCUGGAGCCCAAGGUGGUUACGGUGUUGCGGGAUAGUGCCGCACACUUUAACUGCAGCACUAAUGAAUCCUGGGAUGUCAUGACAUGGCUGUUGGAUGGAAGAACAAUUCUCACCAUCUCAGUACAGCAUGGUCCUCUGGGCAGUGAUGAGAUUGUGUCUACGUUAAAUCACUCCACGUCAGCUCUCUCAGUGUGGGAGUUAAUCCUGAUGAAUGCCCCAUUUAAACCUAUAGCGCAGGAGGUCAGAUGUGAGUUCCUGCCUACGAAAACCAGCAGACCCUCUUCGGCCCUGUUUGUACAAGAAAAAGGAAAUGUCAGCAUAUUGGAGGGUGACCUGUGGGCUCAAGAGGGGACACUUGUGAUGUUUCAUUGCCAGGCGAUGGGCUGGUAUCCAAGCCCUACAGUAUCCUGGGUCAUGAGCUACAGCACUGUGGACAGAAGUGACUUUAACACCAGUGAUCUUCAGGACCCCGACGGCCUGUUUAACUCCAUCAGUGUACUUCAGAUAAAAGCAGAAAUGAGCACCACAGUCGAAUGUCAGGUGUCUGCUGCUCCAGCACAUCAAACCAACAGCGUCAAACUGACUGUAGGAAUGUGUUUUGCAGUGCUGCCUAAAACUACACAGGACUAUAUGGUUGUGAUUGCAGUAACAGUGAUAGUGUGUACAGUCGUUCUGCUGGUCACACUUGUACUGAUCCUAUACUACAAACGAAAACUUACAAGUAAGCAAAUGCAUUAGAAGUCUCUUUAAAUAUCUACGAAUUUAUUAAUAGAGAUCUUAUGAAUUUUAAUGGUCAAAUUUGUGAGAUAUUUUCUCAUUAUGUGCAAUUGAACAAUUUUGAUGCCACUUUAACUCUUUGAUCUAUAACAAACGCACAGACAGUCUUGGAAAUAAAAAUGGUCACCUGGUUUGCACUAUUACAAGCUGCCAUUUCUCAUAUUUGUCAAGAUAUUUGGAAUUGAAUUUGAAAAGAUGUUCCAUUGUUCACAAAAAACCAAGGUACUUUCAAUAUGUCAAAGUUAAAAA